AGGGAGUGAUUGAGGAGGGGAGUGACGAGGCGGACACAUUGCGCUGUGAAGCACCAUGAGCCAGAGUAGCGCUACCAGCGGCGGAGCGGGAGCAGGCGCUGGCUCGGAAUUAGCAGCGAGUGACACAGCGGAGAUGCCAGCUACAGAGAAGGAUCUGGCGGAGAAUGCGCCUUGGAAACGGAUCCAACAGAAUACCUUCACCCGCUGGUGUAAUGAGCAUCUGAAAUGUGUGAACAAAAGGAUCGCGAACCUCCAGACCGACCUGAGCGAUGGCCUCAGGCUAAUCGCUCUCCUGGAGGUUCUCACAAAGAAAAUGUUCCGCAAAUUUAAUCAGCGCCCGAAUUUCCGACAGAUGCAGCUGGAGAAUGUGUCUGUGGGGCUCGAGUUCCUGGACAGGGAGAACAUCAAACUGGUGUCGAUCGAUAGUAAGGCGAUUGUAGAUGGGAACCUGAAGCUGAUCCUGGGUUUGAUAUGGACCCUCAUUCUGCAUUACUCUAUCUCCAUGCCAAUGUGGGAUGAGGAGGACGAUGAAGCCAAGAAACAGACCCCGAAGCAGAGGCUACUGGGAUGGAUUCAGAACAAAUUGCCCGAAAUUCCAAUCACCAACUUCAGCAAAGAUUGGCAAAGUGGGAAAGCCUUGGGUGCCCUGGUGGACAGCUGUGCCCCUGGGCUCUGCCCGGACUGGGAGACCUGGGAUGGUACAAAGCCAGUGGAAAAUGCCAGGGAAGCCAUGCAACAGGCUGACGAUUGGCUGGGGAUCCCACAGGUGAUUACUCCAGAGGAAAUUUUGGAUCCGAAUGUGGACGAACACUCGGUCAUGACCUACCUCUCCCAAUUUCCCAAGGCCAAGCUCAAACCUGGAGCCCCACUUCGGCCCAAGCUCAACCCCAAGAAGGCUCGGGCCUACGGACCAGGUAUUGAGCCAACAGGGAAUGUGGUCAUGAGGAAGGCUGAGUUCACCGUGGAAACCAUCAGUGCAGGCCAGGGCGAGGUUAUCGUCUACGUGGAGGACCCUGCUGGGCACCGUGAGGAGGCUAAAGUAACAGCGAACAAUGACAGAAACCGGACUUACACAGUCUAUUACACUCCCAAAGUGGUGGGACUGCACAAGGUGACAGUUCUGUUUGCUGGGCAGCACAUUUCCAAGAGCCCUUUCGAGGUGACCAUUGGCAAGGCACAGGGCGAUCCCAGUAAAGUCACUGCCCAGGGCCCGGGGCUCGAGCCUGUAGGCAAUGCUGCCAACAAGUCGACCUACUUUGACAUCUACACAGCGGGAGCGGGUCUGGGGGAGGUCUUUGUCACUGUCACUGACCCCCAGGGGAAUAAGGACACCGUGGAGGUGCAGCUGGAGGAUCGAGGGAACAGCUCGUAUCGCUGUACAUACAGGCCCCUCGUUGAGGGAAUGCACAUUGUGACUGUGACGUUUGGGGGUGCACAGAUCCCCAAAAGCCCCUUCUCUGUGUCUGUGGCAAAAGCUUGUAAUCCCAGUGCCUGUUGGGCAGUUGGACGUGGACUCCAGCCCAAAGGGGUUCGUGCCAAAGAAACAGCAGACUUCAAGGUCUACACAAAAGGGGCUGGUACUGGAGACCUGAAGGUGGUGGUGAAAGGACCGAAGGGCCACGAGGAGAUGGUCAAACAGAAGGAUAUGGGCGACGGAGUCUAUUCCUGCGAAUACUAUCCCAAUCAGCCGGGGACAUACACUGUCUCCAUCACAUGGGGUGGACAACACAUCCCCAACAGCCCGUUUGAGGUGAAAGUUGGUUCUGUGGCAGGUCCCCAGAAGGUUCGGGCCUGGGGCCCCGGCCUGGAGGGAGGUGUGGCUGGGCAGUCAGCUGAUUUUGUGGUGGAAGCCAUUGGGACGGAUGUGGGCACGCUGGGUUUCUCUGUGGAGGGGCCCUCGCAGGCGAAGAUUGAGUGUGAUGAUAAAGGUGAUGGGUCGUGUGACGUGCGGUACUGGCCCACAGAGGCGGGAGAGUAUGCUGUACAUGUACUGUGUAACAAUGAUGACAUCAAAUACAGCCCCUUCAUGGCCGACAUCAAACCCGCACCUGCCAACUUCAAACCUGACAAGGUACGAGCCUACGGUCCCGGUCUAGAGAGCACAGGGACAGUCAUUAACAAACUCACUGAGUUCACAGUCGAUGCCAAACAGGGGGGCAAUGCCAACCUGAAGGUGUAUGGUCAGGACUCAGAGGGGUUACCUAUCGAUGUGAAGGUGAAGGAUAAUAAAGAUGGGACAUAUUCCUGCUCCUACACCCCAAAGAAACCGCUCAAACACACGGUGAUGGUCUCCUGGGGAGGGGUCAACAUUCCCAAGAGCCCCUUCCGGGUCAAUGUUGGAGCGGGCAGUCACCCAGAGAAGGUCAAAGUUCAUGGACCAGGAGUGGCCAAGACUGGGCUCAAGGCCUUUGAACCAACAUACUUCACAGUGGACUGUGCAGAGGCUGGGCAAGGUGAUGUGAGUAUUGGGAUAAAGUGUGCCCCUGGGGUUGUGGGACCUGCUGAGGCAGAUAUUGAUUUUGACAUUAUCCGUAAUGACAACGACACAUUCACAGUGAAGUAUACCCCCCCGGGAGCUGGUCACUACACCAUCAUGGUCCUGUUCGCUGACCAGGCAAUUCCAAUGAGCCCCCUGAGGGUAAAGGUCGAUCCCGCACACGAUGCCAGCAAAGUAAAGGUGGAUGGACCUGGGGUCAGCCGCAAUGGGGUAGAGAUGGGGAAGCCCACCCACUUCACGAUCCAUACAAAAGGAGCUGGAAAGGCUAAGGCCAACGUGCAGUUCACGGGGCCGACUAAAGCUGAGGCAGUGCGUGACUUUGAGAUCCUCGAUAACCAUGAUGACACCUACACCGUCCGAUACACGCCUGUACAGCAAGGCACCCUGGGAGUCGGCGUGACAUAUGGAGGUGACAAUAUCCCCAAAAGCCCCUUCAAUGUUGGGGUCUCUCCAACUCUGGACAUGAGCAAGAUCAAGGUUAAUGGCCUCAGCGACAAGGUCGAGGUAGGAACUGACCAGGAGUUCACAGUGAAGUCCAAAGGUGCAGGUGGACAAGGCAAAGUGAACGCCAAGAUCACAGGACCAGCAAACAAGUCAGUGCCCUGCAAGGUGGAGCCAGGUCUCAGCCCUGACAACAGUAUCGUCAAGUUUAUCCCAAGGGACGAGGGAACCUACCAGGUGGAUCUGACCUACGAUGGCAUCCCAGUGCCUGGGAGCCCCUUCCCACUGGAGGCAGUUGCUCCCUCCAACCCAUCCAAGGUGAAAGCAUAUGGGCCAGGCCUGAGAGGGGGAGUUGUGGGGUCUCCGGCCCCUUUCACUAUUGAUACCAAAGGUGCGGGGACAGGAGGACUUGGCCUGACAGUGGAGGGUCCUUGUGAAGCGAAGAUCGAGUGUUUGGACAAUGGCGAUGGUACGUGCUCUGUGUCGUAUCUGCCCACAGAACCUGGUGACUAUCUGAUCAACAUCCUGUUCGCUGGCUCACACAUCCCCAGCUCACCCUUCAAGGCCAGCAUCAAAGCCUCGUUUGACCCAUCUAAAGUGAAGGCCUGGGGCCCGGGCCUGGAGCGAGGCCGGGUCGGAGAAUCCGGAGAUUUUGUCGUGGACUGUGCAAGCGCCGGCCUUGGGGAACUCAACAUUGAGAUCACCUCGGAGUCAGGAGCCCCAGCAGAAGUUCUGAUCCAGGAUAACGGAGAUGGCACCUACACCAUCACUUACAUCCCACUGUAUCCAGGCACCUACACCAUCACCAUCAACUACGGGGGACAACCUGUGCCAAACUUCCCCGCCAAGCUUCAAGUCGAACCAGCUGUCGAUACGUCCGCCAUCAAAGUCUAUGGCCCUGGGGUUGAGUCCCGAGGCGUUUUCCGAGAGGCCACUACGGAUUUCAAUGUUGAUGCUCGGAGUGUGACAAAGACGGGUGGAAACCACAUCAAAGCCCAUAUUACUAACCCCUCAGGCACCCACACUGACACCGUGAUCCAGGAUAAAGGAGAUGGCACCUACAAAGUCGAGUACACCCCAUUUGAGGAAGGGGUACACACCAUCGAUGUGGUCUACGAUGAGGCUCCUGUUCCAAGCAGUCCAUUCCGGGUGCCAGUCACUGAGGGCUGUGAUCCAAGCCGGGUUCGGGCCUAUGGGCCUGGCCUCGAUGGAGGAAUUAGUAACCGCCCCAACAAAUUCACUGUGGAGACCAGGAAUGCGGGAACAGGAGGUCUGGGCCUAGCUGUGGAGGGCCCCUCUGAGGCCAAGAUCACCUGCAAGGACAACAAAGAUGGCAGCUGCUCAGUGGAGUAUGUGCCCUACGAAGCUGGCACUUAUGAUGUGGUUAUCACCUAUGGGGGCCAACAAAUCCCAGGAAGCCCAUUCAAAGUUCCAGUGACUGACACAGUGGAUCCCACGAAGGUGAAGUGCCUGGGGCCUGGUUUGGGGAACAACGUGCGUGCUAAUGUCCCACAGUGCUUUACGGUGGACACCAGUAAGGCUGGAGCGGCCCCACUGAAUGUCAGCGUGGUGGGGCCUAAAGGAGUUGUGGAACCCGUUGAAAUUAUUGACAACCUCGACCAAACCAAAACUGUGAACUACGUACCAACUCAUGAGGGACCAUACACUGUUUCAGUCCAAUAUGCUGACCAGCAAGUCCCACGCAGCCCCUUCAAGGUGAAGGUACUGCCCACCCAUGAUGCCAGCAAAGUGAAAGCCAGUGGUCCAGGCCUCAACACCAUGGGAGUUCCUGCCAGUCUGCCUGUGGAAUUUACCAUCGAUGCUAAGGAUGCGGGUGAAGGGUUACUGUCUGUUCAGAUUACUGACCCUGAUGGUGUACCAAAGAAGGCAAACAUUCGGGAUAACCACGAUGGCACCUACACCAUCUCCUACGUGCCCGCCGUCACUGGCCGCUACACCAUCCUCAUCAAAUACGGUGGCGACGAGAUCCCGUACUCCCCCUACCGCAUCAGGGCCUUGCCCACCGGAGAUGCCAGCAAGUGUACCGUGACUGUGUCAAUCGGAGGUCACGGGUUAGGCGCUGGCAUGGGGCCGACCAUUCAGAUUGGCGAAGAGACCCUGAUCACAGUGGAUGCCAAGGCAGCAGGCAAGGGCAAGGUAACGUGCACCGUGUGUACGCCAGAUGGCUCUGAGGCUGAUGUCGACGUGGUGGAGAACGAGGAUGGAACCUUUGACAUCUUCUACACGGCUCCCCAGCCCGGAAAAUAUGUCAUCUGUGUGCGCUUCGGGGGAGAACACAUCCCUAACAGCCCCUUCCAGGUCACGGCGACAGAAGGAGAAGGAAUUACCCCUCAACAGCUACAACAACAAAGGACAGCACCCAAUUAUGGAUGGGCUCCAGAGCGGCCUCUCAGUGUGAAUGGUAUGGACACGGCUGACCUUCGACCAUUCGACCUGGUCAUUCCUUUCACCAUCAAGAAGGGUGAGAUCACAGGGGAGGUCCGGAUGCCAUCCAAGUUAACGGCCAAACCGGACAUUGUGGACAAUAAGGAUGGCACUGUGACAGUGAAGUUUGCACCCACUGAGAAAGGUCUGCAUGAGAUGGACAUCAAGUGUGAUGGCAACCACAUCCCAGGGUGUCCUCUGCAGUUUUACGUGGAUGUUGUCAACAGCGGACAUGUCAAUGCCUACGGCCCAGGCCUCAUUCAUGGAAUGGUUAACAAGCCAGCUGUUUUCACCGUUGACACUAAAGAUGCUGGCGAGGGCGGUCUGGCUCUGGCAAUCGAAGGUCCUUCCAAGGCGGAUAUCAGCUGCACAGACAAUAAGGAUGGGACUUGCACCGUCUCCUACCUGCCCGUUCUACCCGGAGACUACAACAUCCUGGUCAAGUACAACGAUGAGCACAUUCCUGGCAGCCCCUUUGUCUCCAAGAUCACUGGCGACGACUCCAUGAGAAUGUCCCAGCUGAAGGUAGGCUCCUCGACCGACAUACCCCUGGACAUCAGUGAGACAGAUCUCAGCCAGCUGGUUGCCACUGUGACUGCUCCGUCUGAACGGGAGGAGUCUUGUCUGCUGAAGAGGCUGCGUGGUGGGAAUAUUGGUAUAUCGUUUGUCCCGAAGGAGAUGGGUGAGCACGUGGUCAACAUUAAGAAGAAUGGCCGCCACGUGGCCAACAGCCCCAUCACUGUCAUGAUCAACCAAUCAGAGGUGGGCGAUGCAAGCCGUGUGCACGUGUCCGGACCAGGCCUCAAGGAAGCGCACACCUUUGAGCCGGCACACUUCACCAUCGACACACGGGAGGCCGGUUAUGGUGGUCUGGGACUCUCCAUCGAAGGGCCCAGUAAAGUGGACAUCAGCACUGAGGAGAUGGAGAAUGGUAAAUGCAGAGUAACAUACUGUCCCACUGAGCCAGGGAACUACAUCAUCAACAUCAAGUUUGCAGACUUGCACGUCCCAGGGAGCCCGUUUACAGUGAAGGUGACAGGUGAGGGUCGAGUGAAGGAGAGCAUCACUCGGAAGAGGCGAGCAGCGUCAGUGGCAAACGUUGGGAGUCAGUGUGAUCUGUGCUUCAAGAUUUCAGAAAUCAACGUGGGUGACAUGAAGGCGCAGGUGACAAGUCCCAGUGGGACUGUGCACGAUGCUGAGAUCAUGGAAGGCGAGAACAACACCUACAGCAUCCGUUUUGUGCCAACGGAGAUGGGCGUCCAUACGGUCAGCGUCAAGUACCGGGAGCAGCACGUGUCUGGGAGCCCCUUCCAGUUCACGGUUGGACCCCUUGGUGAAGGUGGCGCCCACAAAGUGAGGGCCGGGGGUCCCGGCCUAGAGAGGGCUGAGGCUGGAGAGCCAGCUGAGUUCAGUAUCUGGACCCGUGAGGCUGGUGCUGGGGGUCUGUCGAUUGCUGUAGAGGGUCCCAGCAAAGCAGAGAUUGCCUUUGAAGAUCGCAAGGAUGGCUCGUGUGGAGUGUCCUACAUCGUCCAGGAGCCCGGUGACUACGAAGUGUCGAUCAAGUUUAAUGAGGAACACAUCCCAGACAGUCCAUUUAUUGUCCCUGUCGCCUCUCCCUCUGAUGACAGCCGCCGUCUCACUGUUACGAGCCUUCAGGAGUCAGGGCUAAAGGUGAAUCAUCCAGCAUCCUUUGCAGUCAGCUUAAACGGUGCGAAGGGAGUGAUUGAUGCCAAGGUGCACAGUCCAUCAGGAGCCCUCGAAGAAUGCUGUGUCUCUGAGAUUGAUGAAGAUAAAUACGCUGUUCGCUUUAUCCCGAGGGAGAACGGGAUCUAUCUGAUCGAUGUGAAGUUUAAUGGCUCUCACAUUCCUGGAAGCCCCUUCAAGAUCCGGGUUGGAGAGCCAGGGCAAGCUGGUGACCCAGGGAUGGUCUCUGCGUCUGGUGCUGGUCUUGAGGGAGGACUCACUGGAGUUCCUGCAGAGUUUAUUGUGAACACUCAGAAUGCUGGACCUGGGGCCCUGAGCGUCACCAUUGAUGGACCGUCCAAGGUUACGAUGAACUGUGUCGAGUGCCCUGAGGGUUACAAAGUGACCUACACCCCCAUGGCUCCUGGAAAUUACCUGAUCUCCAUCAAAUAUGGAGGCCCCUACCACAUUGUUGGCAGUCCCUUCAAAGUCAAAGUCACUGGCCAGCACUUGGUAAGCAGCCAUAGCCUCCAUGAGACCAGCUCGGUGCUGGUGGACAGUGCCUGCCGUUCAGCUUCCAUCAGCCCCCAGGGUGCUGGGCCGAAGCCUGACUCCGACAGCAGCAAGGUGGUUGCCAAAGGCCUGGGCCUCAGCAAGGCCUACGUUGGCCAGAAGAACUGCUUCACAGUGGACUGCAGCAAAGCUGGUUCCAACAUGCUCCUGGUUGGAGUGCAAGGCCCAAAGGUCCCUUGUGAGGAAGUUCUGGUUAAACACCUCGGAAGCAAACUCUACACCGUCUCCUACAUUCUAAAAGAGAAGGGCAAUUACAUUCUGGUUGUCAAAUGGGGAGAUCAUCACAUCCCAGGAAGCCCCUUUCAGAUUUCUGUCCCGUAAACCCACACUAAAUACCCCUUCACUCUCCCACUUACCCCAACCCCCUCGAACAAAGGAAGCGUCAGUUUGCUUCGCCCUCCCUGGGAGGGGGGUGGGGUAGGUGGAGGGAGGGGUGUAAAAGUUUCACAAGAAAGAAAAGUUUUUUUUGAAAAGGCUUUCACACUCAUUUUCUGCCCCGUGCCCACUCAGUGAUUAGAACCUGAUCUGCUUUAACGAGUUUCUGUCGCUGCCCCCCAGAUUUUAACCCUGUGUCACCCAAAUGCCCUCAGAUUCAGGAGUAAGGGGGGCAGGAAGUGGGAGGGGCUGGGCUGGGGGAGAGUUAAUUCAUACUCUGAAGUGAUCUCUCUCUUCAUCCCCCCACGCUACCUCUCACCAAGUUUACCUAUUCUCUAAACUUUCUCAGUAUCCAUCUACCUCCACACUUCUCUCAUCUUCCUCUCUCUCUCUCUCCCCCUUCCCAUUCUCACUCAGUCUCUUAUUCACUUAAUCAUCCUUUCUUUUCCUCUCUCAAAUUCUUUCUUUCACUCUCUUUUUUCCCUCGUGUUCUAUCUAUUUCUGUUUCUCUGUCUUUGUUUUUUGUCUUUCACUCUGCCUAGUUUUUUUCUGUUUGUGUUUUUCUCUCUCUCUCUCUCUCCCCCUGUUGCUCCCCACCUGCCAUCUCCCAGAAAUGAGGUGUCAGCACUCUGUGCAGGGUUUGGGAUGUGGUUUAAGAGCUGGCUAUUGAUAAUCGCUGUGCUGUUAACCGAGGGUGCACUUAGCUGUUGAGGACAAGUUCACUUGCGAGCACAUGUACCAUAACUGUGCCUUUCCUUCCUUCCUUCCCUCCAUUUAUCCCUCUUCUCCCUCUCUUGUGCACAAGACAGUAUUUGCAUUGCAAAUGAUGAAUAAAAAGAAACUUUGAUUCUAUAAA